AUGCACCAGACUUUCUCCAGGAGACCAUCUACUUUCCGCGAAACGAGUUGCCCCUGUUCUGGCUGCGACUCGUUGGCGUUCUCUUUUAAACCACGGUUACUCCACUCGUGCCGCUUGACACGUAACGACGACACCUUCUGGACACGACCCCAGAGACGCAGCUUCCGUCAAUGCUCCAACCCGGCAACCUCGACGAUGUCGACGUUCAAACAAACCUGCGAUGCGUUCUGCUCGGGCGCGACGCGUCCUCAGACAAGCGCACAGGGACCACGUCUUGUUCUGGAUCAACCUGGUAGCGUCGCGGCUUUCGGUCAGUGUUUGGACGCCAUCAGCGUCGCUGGCUUGGCACUGGUCGUUACGGUGCAACAGGACGGAAGCGUUGCGCUCUGGGUUACUAGUGGACUGCGCUUUUAUCGUCAGUUUUUUUGGAGUGCGCGACGUGAACGCAUCAUCGAUGCGGAUUGUCAUUCCGUAACGUCUGCUGACGAUUUUGAUGCUGUGCUCAGUGCACGCUUUCGGAGACCGGACGGGGCGCUGGUUCUAGGGACGCACGCUGGACACGUGGUUUGUAUUGAACACGGGUCGGGGGGCGGGUUGGCGAACCUGUAUCGCCGCUGGCAGCUUGUAGGUCGCCUCGACGCUCCGGUGUGGCUCGUGGGCAGUGUCGCACCAACGCCGACGACACCCGUCGACACAACUGCUGCCAACAAUGGCGACGGGGAUCAGGGCAGCACGGGUGCCGCUUUGUCGACGGGAGCACCCGGCGAAUCGCAUACCCGCCCGUUACCCGCGUCUGUGUCGGUAUCUGAAGCGAGGGCGUGCUCGCCUUUGGCAGCGAUCAGCACGGGUGUGGUCGUGGCGUGGACGGAGCACGCGCUCUGGUGGUAUGUGCCAGCGCUCCGCCGAUGGCAUCGUUGCCCACAUCCAGAGGAUUUCGAAGCGCAGCAGCAGCAGCAGCGCAUACGCGAUGCUCCUGCGAUCUAUCUGGGGGAGGUUAGUGCCUCAGGGUGCUUUUUUGCGUGGACGUUGCGGCAUAGUGACGGGUGCUGGAUCGGCGCAUGUCCACAGUGGCAUGCAGCUACGUUCCACGCUGCAUCGGAUACCGAUACCAACGACAGUGCUGAUGACAAUGUUGAUCAGCGUAUGCACAGUGAAGCUGUCUUCAUUCAUACCUCAGAUCCGCUGUGCAGUCUUGCUUGGAAACCGGCACCGAUUCGCGGUGGCGAGGCGCUGCUCGUGGGCGAUAGAUGCGGCCGCCUGAGGCUCUUCUCUGCAGCGACAACGGACUGGCGCUCGAUAGCCACGGUGAGCGGCAUGCCGCUCGCGACGCAGGCGGUCGAUACAGCUGCCUGUUUCGUGCACCAGUACGGCAGCGGAGGCAUCGCUGAAGACGAGAAUGACGCUGCUCUGGUGGUUCUAUCCGAGUGGCAUCUCGGGGGCGCUGCAGCCUCCGGCGAUACACGUCCACAUGCAAAGCGAGACGCUCAGUCCGCACAGGGCAUCAUCGUGCAUCCAUAUCGAGCGUCGAUUGCGGUGCACUAUAUUGGGCAAUGGAUUCCGGGGAUGCCCACGCUCUGGUGCGUCUCGCACCUGAACGAUGAACCGGUACCCCGGGUGGUACCGUUCCAUCGGGCCUCAGAUGGGGCGUCAACGCCCGUGGCGCCUCCCGAGACGGACGCCAACGUUGCAAGGAACGGCCCGCCGACGCCUGUUCUCGAGUCAGUUGAGGGCGCCGCUGCAUCAACAGCAGCAUGCCUUGCGGUACGUAUCGAGGCAGCAGCAGAGUCGUGGCGAGCGCCGGUCAGCGCCGCGUGUGCUCCGGCAAAGGAGCUGCGGAGCCAGCAGCCGCCGGCGCAACCUGCACAACUGAACUGGAUCCUGCAGAGAGGUCAGGUUGUGGAACGUUGGUACCAAAACGGUCGCCCAGGCGAUGCCCUGGAGUUCUGGUCGCACGUUGUCAGACUGGGCAACGGCGAUGUGGGGUCCAUCGGCGCGCUCUCCUACGGCUCUCGAGCGCGCACGCUGGUAGCACUUACGAGCACGCAACGACUUGUGUGCUGGCCGCUACCAGGCUGGCCGGCGCUGCGCUCCGGAUACGGUCCCCGAACGCUGCCGACCCUGACCCAGACUAGAGUUUCGCGACCAGGGUGGGUUCACUGCGCCAACCAGCUUACCGCUUGUGUGCGUUGCGCUCAACGCGUUGAGUUGGCCUUGUUCACGAUGACGGAGGCAGGUCUGCUCCAGCUGUACGGCUGGCUGUCGCCGCCCGAAGUAGACGCUCGUGAAACGCAAGCUCGGAUACCGGACGAGGCCACCGCUGCGCCGCUGAUGUGUGUGCUAUCCGCGUCGACACCGCCGGGGGUCCAGGUCGACGACUGUGCCGUUUGGAGUCGUCAUCAGCCGCAGAUGCUCGAUACGCUCGAGGCGGACCAGCCGCAAGAAACAGGCUUGCUCUGCUGGAGCGCCCUCGACAUGGUCUGGUACGUCUCCAGGAUCAUUGGUGUUCGGGACGCGAAUGCAACUUCCGUGGCUCAUUCGGUGCCCGCCAGCAUCGAUUCGGAAACCGGUGAUGCUGCCAUUGCGCCAUUGGUGCCUUGCGGAAGCGCAACGCCCGUGCAAGCCGCUCCCGCAUGCAACCAGCACCAGCCCGAAGAGGGGCAGGCGACUGCCCGCGCCAGCUCACCGGCCCGCAACUGCCGACAUCUUGCCCUGCAUUGCUUCGACUUGUCGCCCUGGGUACGAUUAUGUGUUUCGGAUCCGCCGCCUUGCGCCUUUGCGGUUCGUACAGACAAGGUAUUCGUAUGGCGGGUGGACGGAGUCCUCGCUGUGUACCGACUCGACACCUCCAGGUCGGUACUGGAACGGAUUACGGCAUCGCGCCUGGUGGCGGAAACGCUUCAUGAACGCGCACACUGGCACCAAAGUCGCCUGGUGGUUUCCGCUGACGCCCAAGAGGUCGCCGUCUGGGAUGCAGCGUCACGUCGACUGCACCUGUGUUCAUUCGACGGUGCGGAUAUCUACGCAUUAACUACUGUGGAUGUGUCGGAUACGCGGCCUGAUGCGGAUAUCUCGUUCGCACGCUACCGUAGUUGCGCUUAUCUCACGGUGGACCGGUGGCUCUAUUAUCGCCGGGGUUGCCGCUGGAUCUCGUGCGGUCAGUUGCCUGGCGUCGUUCACCACACGAUUUCGCUGCCGGAAGGUGUCGUCGUCGCUUCGAGGAACGACCAGCUCUUUGUGUUCGAUGCGAGCAUGGCAAUGUCAAGAGCGGAUCAGGAAACCGAGGCCCUCAGCGCUGACGCGCGUUACGAGAUGGCGUUGAUGGCGGGCAUCGGGGCUGGACUCACACCGGAUGCAGCUAUGCGAAUCGCGCAAAGCAUCGACUCGGCGGCACUGGCACCUGGCGAGGACACCGGCACUGCCGCUGAUGCGACAGCGCAUCCCGAGAGCGUCGCUCUCGAGCAGCUGGGUACAGCGCGUAGCGCUUCGCCGGACCCGCACGCCCACUGCGCCGUCGAUCGCGAGCACGACGGAAUGCCGCCAACUGUAGCACCGCUGAUGCGGAGCGUAGAUACAGGCGCGGAUGCCGGCGCUUUCGCUCGUGCUUGCCACGAGAGCUUUGCUGCUCACGCCAGAGCCUGCGCUGCUCUGGACGCUAACGGCUCCGUUUUCGUCAUCCUCGCGGAUGCAUAUCGGCGUCUUAAUCUGGAAAUUCCGCCGCAGGUCCUGCAGUUCGCGUUACACGCAACUUGCGAAGAAGCGAUAUUGCAGGAGCUUGGACUUUUGAGCGGGUCCGUUAAAUGGCACAUGGCGCGCCAAUACGGCUGUGGCUAUUGGGUGCGCUCGGAACUGCUCAUCCACCGUCUCGUCGAGGUCAUUGCUCGCGCAACCUACAACGCAUCACACAAGCCGCGGGAUGCAGUGCUAUGGUACGUGCUGCUGCGACGACCGCGCGUGCUGAGCACGCUCUUCCGUGCAAUCGGCGAGCCGCGAAUCGCGGGCUUCUUCGCGCAAGACUUUGGGGAUGCCGCCGUUCGAGAGCGGGCCAAUAAGAACGCAUUUGCAAGACUCGCCGUCCAUGACUACGAGCUGUCAGCGGCGUUCUUCAUCCUGGGUGCUGACCCAUCCGCAGCCAUGCAAGUCAUCCGGGAUCGCCUCGGCGACGAGCAACUGGCGCUAUUGCUGUCGCGACUUGAACCGACGCUCCAAGCAGAGCAGGCGCUGGGGAAUGCCCAGGAGCACCAGCAGGCACCGGAAUGGCAACUGCUACGCGCUUGCGUCAUUGGCAAAUACGACCAUGCUGUAGCGAUCGUAGAGCGUAUGGACUGGUUGCGGAACGAAUCGCAGGCCAGCGCCUGGCCCGCCAUGGCUGGUGCUCUGCUCCAGACGAGAGCACUGCAGGCAGCACCCUCUGUCCAGCGUAGGCCGGAUUUCAUCGGAGCGCAUCAGCGACUCCGGUUUCGAGUCGGCCAUCUUUUGGCACAGACCGACCUUCUGCCCCUGGCUCAGCGACUGGUGCAUCCGGCGUGGCGUAUCCAGAUGCAGAGCCACGCCCUCGGCCAAGCGCUGCUGCGCAACUCCACCGCGUGCACUCUCGCGCGCCCCGCACUGCGUGCCUGGGUGCAGCAAACGAUAGCCGUGUCCGAGGAGCCGCUUCCCGUGCACGCCCUCGAGAGCGUCCUCGUGGCCACGGGGCAGUGGCUCCUGCACCAGGACGCGCCCCGUCUGCUCGGCUCGCUGAACGCCUGGAUCGUCAUUCGCCAACUGCUGGAGUCGCACCGCUCUCGCGUUCACCGCAUCUCGUUAGAUGAAGGUUUCCUGGACAGCAUACUCUCUUAUCUAGUCGCCACUAUCCACCGAAUCGCUUUGGGUGUCAGCGAUCCCGACGAAGACAUCAGCGAACCUCAACAACAACAACACGUCUGGUUGAUGGACGCUGCAGUGCUCACAGAACGUCUCCAAGCCGCAUCACCUCCAGUGGUACCCGAGGCAACGCGAGUUGCCUUGUCACAAGCAGCACAAGUUGCGCGUUUCCUCUGGAUAUGGCGGCAUGCGCGCUGGACACCUAUCAACGCGAUGCACGCAUCGUGGUGCGACGCGGCGACACGCAUGCAGCGGACAGCACAUGUUCCCGCCAAAGCGAUUGAAACGGACACGGCGAUCGAGCCCCGACCCCCAUCAGUGCCGUGCCUGCCGCGUCGUCGACAGCGCGCGCACUGCCUGUCCAUGCUGCAUGCGCUGUGCCUCGUCGACGCCCUGGAUCGCUGUGCGGUGUGCCUGCAGACGACGACGACGGCGGCGGCGGCGCUGCGCUGGGCGACGGCGCUGCGUACCGCCAUCCACCUCCUGAUCGAGCGCAUCGCUGGAGCGCCUGGGCAAGGCGAUGCGCUCGCCGGACGCCAUCAGCAGCAGUUGCCCGAUGGCGAUGAGGAGGCAGUGGAGCAGCUGUGGCGACGCUGCUGGCUUGCUGGUGGCUGGGUGCGUACGCAACUCGCGCGAGCGCUGCUCGCGGAUCACGCGGCCGAAGCGGUGCAUCCAGCGUCAUGUGCAGCGGCGGCGGAUGGCGUCUCCGGCACGACGUAUCCGCUUGAGCGGACGCUCUAUCCGGUGCGAUUUCCGGUGCGGGAGAUUCGACGGUACGUCGCUCGCAAAUCAAGACGCGCCACAGCGUCCUGCUGCGCGAAGCGACCCUGA